UGGCUGCCUGACAAGUGACUUGAACUCAUUUUGAGUCAGACAGUGAGCAGAAGCGUCUCCACUGGCUGGGCGAUUAUCCUGCAAACAUUUGAGAUGGAACCUCCAGCAUUCGAUUACAACUAUAGUAUUUACAAUGACUCGGAUGAUGAUUUCGCACCGUGUGACAGGAACAAAGACAACAUUUUCGGGGCUCAGCUAUCCAUCCUGUACUACUUCAUGUUUCUCUUCAGCCUCUGUGGAAAUGGGCUGGUUCUGGUCAUCAUCCAUCGGUUUGAGAAGCUAACCACUGUGACCAACAUCCUGCUGCUGAACCUGUCGUUGUCGUCCCUGAUCUUCAUGAGCAGCCUUCCCUUCAUGGGGGUGUACAUGCAGCUCUCCAGCUGGAUCUUCGGCAAGGCUAUGUGCAAGAUUGUGUACAGCGUCUACUUUCUGGGCUUCUCCAGUUCUAUCCUCUUUCUUACUCUCCUGACCUUCGACCGACACCUCGCUGUCGUCUACUCCUUGGGGGCAUCGCGAGUGAGGAACCAAGGUUAUGCGGCCAUCUCCUGUGCUGUGGUGUGGCUUAUCAGCAGCCUGGCGUGCAUCAGGCCGAUGAUCGUCGUCACCACGUUUAGCCAUUAUUCCUCAAACAAUACUCACUGUGAUGAGUUUCCAGGUGAUUUGCCAAAUAUUAAUAUGGAACAUCUGAUGAAAGCUCAAUUUUACAUUCAGCUUUUUCUUUUCUAUAUCUUCCCCCUGGUGGUUAUUAUCUACUGUUACCUAAGGAUCACGAUCACUGUCCUCUCAUCCAGGAUAGUCACCAAGUUCAAGACUGUCAGGCUCAUAUUCAUCAUCGUCCUGCUGUUUUUCCUUUGCUGGACUCCGUUCAACAUUGUACUGCUGAUGAGUGUUGAAGGGUGUGCGCAGAUCCAGAGAAGGGGUUAUGCACUACACAUCACUCGCAACAUUGCUUAUAUCUACUUUUGCGUCAGUCCCAUCUUCUACACAUUUGUGGGGAAAAAGUUCCAAAACUACUUUAGGCAGAUUCUGGUGACACGCUUCCCACGGUUAAAGAGGCACAUCUCUGUCAGUCAAAACAGCAGCAAAAACUAUGUGUCCACAAAAACCACGCCUAAUGAUCUUUAGGAGUGUGGAGCCCUUUAUUCCUCAGCACUGGUUUGUGUCCUUCAAAGCAUGUUUUUUAAAAACACCUGAAAUAACUCCAUAGACCCCUGUAAGACCUGGUGUUAACAUCUGUCCUGAGUGAUGUGAUCACAAGUGGACUACUCCAAGUACAGGUCUGAGCACACUGAGGAUGCAUCUUAGAGCACUUUACCGAUUCACAUUCACAUUUGAAGUUGGUCUGGGAUCACCUGCUGAUGUCUCUGACCCGCUACCAUUUCAUAAUGAACACUUCUUAACACUUUAUUAGUUGUGACCAAAGCCACAAUAUUACCUUUGGUUUCCACAAAUUAAUUAAAUAUAUUUUCAAAUGUAUAAAAAACUGGCACAAGUAAUUUCACAUUUAAUCUAGCACCUCCUUGUCCACUGGCAUUUGUGAGAGAAUUUCAAUUCAUCAGGCUAAUGUGCGUGAUUCAUUUGUCCCCUUUGUGUGACAGAAUUUGAAAGUUGGACAAAGUUAAGAAGGAAACCAGCCUAGUGUCUUAAUUUAUUUCUCCAACCCCCCAAAAAAAUCCCACAUUUUAAGGGCUGUAAUAAAAAAUUAUUAUUCAUACACACGCAUUUUCAAAAAUGUUUCUACGUGGCUUUCAGUCUGCAAAUUCUUGUGUUUCUUGUGUGAUACUGUGUGUAUAUAAGGAAUCAUAUCUCAAAUUGCUAUGUGAAAUUUUGCAAAUUGUGAUAAUGAAAUGUAAUCUUUCAAGUUUUGUGUAAAUCACAGUUCAAAUGGGAAAUAACAUUGAGCUGCGACUCAAACGGUUCAUAAAAGGAGUUAAAAGCUUUAUUGAUUUCGCUCUUGUGUUUGCAAGUGUAAAGCUUUUUGAUUACUUCAAACCUUCCAGCAUUAAGAUAGAUGUUUUUUAUUAUCUCAA